CUUAAAUGUCUAAGCGAUUUUCUAUCACAUCGACGUGUUUUAAUACGUAAAAUCAAUUCAUCAUUCUCGAGUAUGGUAAGUAUAAUAAGGCAGAAUUCCGCAUUUCCUAUAUUGCGUUCGAGUAAGCGAAACAGGAGAAUGGAAUAGAGAGAGAGGGGAAGAGCACUUUAAUUGUAAUUUUAGUGCGCGGGAGAUUCGUUUCAGAUUCUAUGCAGCUUAAAUUCCCGGAGCUCUGAAAGCGUCAUUGUCGCUCAUUAUACGUUAAAGGCCAUUGUCAAGUUGCCGCUGCACACGCUUCGAAGCAUUUCUCCUCUCUUUUUAUCUUUACUAAAAGAAAAGAGAAGAAAAAUAAACGCUUCCAGCGCCAACAGCACACUCCGUGAACGCACCCAUAGAGAUUUGAUAAGGUACUGAUAAAUGGUGGUUAGAUACCUUAUCAGUACGGAGAAUUAGCAGAAAAUAUCGUCAACUGCAUCAGUUAUGAAGUGCCUUGCAAAAUCCUCGAGAUUUACUGCUCCAUAUUGAGAUAUUCUUACGCGUCUAUUCGUUCCUCAUCGUGUUUAGAUCGAUGAUCAAUCGCGGGUGCAUGUAUCUUUAAUUUUUAAGACUAUUGGAAUUGAUUAGUAUAAUCAUGGACGAACGAGUAACAGCUAUAGAAAAAUAUUACACUAAUUUGGAGUAUGGUGAAUUUCAGGACAAACGUAAAGCGCUAACGAAGGUACAUGAUUUAGGGAAGGAAAUGAAAUUUAGAGAUGUUAACGACUUCUCAGAGAGAUUUCUCAAAGCGGUAUCUGUAAUCGAAGAAAAUUUAUCUCUUUUCAAAGUUACUUGCGAUAUUCCGGAUGUACUUACCACCAUUAUUGAAUAUUUAAAGUAUUUCGGCAUGAAGUUUACGCUUGGCACAAAAUAUGAUGAAGAAUACGAGAAAGAUGAUGUAGUUAUAUUAGUAGUACUGACAAUCUUGAAAAUAUGUGAAAGCGAUAUGCAUCGGGAGGUGCAAUUAUUUUUGGAAAAUGCCAUCAUCGACAAUUCAGUACUGAAAAUUCGAUACGAACAAUUGAGAGGCGAAAUUGGUUGUGAUCACACCAAUGAAAUAAUACUUCUGGGAGAUUCAGAUCUCUAUGCGGCCAUUAGAUGUUUGAGGAAUACAACCAGCACAAUGCGCGAACCUAUUACUAAAGUUUGGGUCCAGGAGCCAAUAAAAGAGAAAUUUUUAUGGCUUGUGGAGGAAUAUUUGGAGGAAUUUUUGACUGUGGAUUCCUUAUCUAUUUGUACAUUUCGAACGAUGAAAGAGUUGCUUACACUCAGUACACCGUACGAAAUGAACAUGGUAUCCAUAUGGACGGAAGAUAUUAUAUUUGCCAAAAACUUGGCGAUGUCUUUAAUAAAUAGAGACGUUCUAUUUAUAAAUACGCACAUGGAUUUCUACGGUGGUAUCGUUCUCUUGCCAUAUAUGAUCAAAGUACACGACGAAAAGUGGCGUAGAUUGUUGAGCCCUAGUUUCAACGUUUCCGUUAAAAAAAAGCGAAGCCCAAAGAAAGCUCAGCAAGCUUUAGUUAAGCGAAAAGGUUCAGUUUACAAUUUAUUUUACGAUGGUAUAUUGCAACAACCUGUCGAAGACACAUAUUGGAUACAUGGUAAUUGCGAAUGGGCAAAUGCAACAAGUGACGAUGUUGACAACUGUAUUAACUCAGCCGAGCAAGGGUUCAAAAUUUGGAGUAGUAAAUCUGUUACUUGUAGAAUACAAAUAUUAUCCAAGUUUGCAUCUACGUUAGUUCGCAAUGGCGAAUACAAUUUGGCUGACAAAAUAUUAAAAUGGAUAAAAUUCUCGUGCAUCUAUGAAAAUUCUCUGUCUUGCGCACAAAGUGGUGCGUUGGAAGUAACAAAACUUCGUAACCCAAACGGCAUUGUUAUUUUGAAGGAAGCAAACGAAACUGUUUUAUUUCGUCGACUAAUGCAAACUUUAACCGUUGGCAAUUCAGUUAUCGUGAUAUGCGACGCAAAUUCUUGUAAUCUGAUAUCAUAUUGUAACAUGUUUUCGGUAUCCGAGAUACCGCCGGGUGUUAUAAAUUUGUUGUCAAGCUUAAAUAUAAAGGCGCUGAAAGUUAAUUAACUUUAUGUGGAAUGGACUAUGCGAGUUAUGCGAAACAGUUCUUCUUAGAAAACGAUAUUGAGAAAACGUACAUGAACCUUACUAAACCAAAGCAAAUUAUCGUUCCUCUUAAGUAGUCUCAUAUGUAGCAUUCCAUGCAGCGCAGAACCUUGUCACUACAACAACGUUACAAUAUUGUACAUUGCAGUGCCAUGUUACAAUAACAUUUCAGAAAUAUUGUGAACAAACUUUGGAAUCACUAUAAUAGUAAUAUUAUUGUAUUUACAAGUAUCUAAUGUUUGCACCAAAAACAUGGAUAUACAUUUAUGAUAUGCACAUUUAUUUCCAUCAAUUCUUUAGAAUAAAACUGGUAGCUCACGAUUAGAAAAAAAAAAGAUUACCGGACCAGCGAGAAAUAAUUUGUUAAUGGACGGCGAAGCAAUGUCCAUUUACGGUUUCGACAUCGAUUCGACAAAAUGACGAGUCAUUUCUCACUAGGGAGCUCACACAAUCGAACCUGUUAGACGGAUAUCGCAAAGUGCUAUAAAUUUUUGUCGGCAGAAUGCAAACAGAAAAUGUAACAGAAUCUGUAAAUACAACAAUCGAUUGACGACAAAACCAAGAAUUUUAUAUUUAACUUUUGUAUUUGUAUUGAAAUAUUCUCAAAUCCUGUGAAAUAACCAAUUUUACUUGGUUCAUGUCGCCAAUCUAUUAUUCAACUAUCUCUAUUACAUCUAAUCAAUCUAUUGAAAUGUCAAUUCCAAUUUACUACUAAUCUUCUAUAACAUUUAUUUUACUCGUAUUGGACUUGGAAUACAUUUUAUAUUUUCACUCAUAACCCAUACAGGUAUGCAGAAAUUUAAAAAAGUCAUUACAAUAUUUUCAUCAUAAAAAUAACUUACAUUUUCAAUAGCAAACUAUUCAUACUGCUAAAACAAGCAUAUUUGUCAUCAUAUCUCAAUAAUUAAGAAAAAUAUUUUUUUGUACGAUUAGCUAAAGCUCUUUUACGAAUUGUACUAUACAUUUCAUUGGUAAUUGGUAUAAUACAGCAUAAGUGGAAUAACUUGAAGUAUACAAGGCCUUAAAAAAGAUAGAUUUAUAAAAGCUGGCUUUUUUUUAAGUAAAUAUACCCUUUCGUUCUUUGUACUUAAACAUCACCCAGAUAGCAAUGCGUGUCUAAAAGACAUAAAGAUAUCUUUAAGACACCUUUUAAGCGUGCACGUCUAAAAAACAAUUAAAUGCCGUCUCAAGGAUAUCUUUUAGACAUGAAUGCUAUCCGAGUCACUUUAUAUAUGUGUAAAAGAUAAUUUAAUACAAGUAUAAAUCUGUGCUGUUUUUUUAUAUAUACAUAAAAUAAUAUACUUUAAAAUAUGUAUUUUUGUAUGAACGUAAAUAUACAUCACAAUAAAUAUAAGGAAUGUAUCGAUU